AUGUGGUAUACAGCUGACUCAGAUUCGGAGGAUAUUACGGCGGCAAUCUUAGAGGAUGGCCGGGAGGGAGGGCUUGGGGAGGAGGAUGAUGACCCGUUCUGUCCCCUUGUUCACUUUUCGGCGGCGGAAGAGAGACGCUACAGCAGGGAGUGGAGAUCAGCCCUAUUCGUCAAAGUCCUGGGGAAAUCCUCUUCGUACACGGGUAUAUCCAAGCGCCUCGACAUGAUAUGGGCGAAAGCAGGCGGUAUUCAAGUCGCUUCAGCCAAAAAUGGAUACUAUGUUGUGCGGUUUACAAGCGGCAUUGAUUAUGAGAGAGCGGUAACGGGUGGGCCAUUGAUGAUGGGAGACAACUACCUUACAGUUCACGCUUGGGACAGAGACUUCAACCCAUACAGACAUGAAAUAGCUUCCACCAUCGUUUGGGCGAGGCUACUCGACAUACCAAUUCAUUACUUCAAUACGGAAGCUGUUAUGAAGAUUGGGAAAAGAAUCGGCAAACCUAUCAGAGUGGAUCAGGCGACGAGCACAGGAGCACAUUUGGAUUAUGCUCGGGUUUGUGUCCAGGUAGACCUCACCAAACCUCUAUUGUCGAAAUUCAAAAUCAAUGGAGUAAAGUACUUCAUCCAGUACGAAGGACUGGAGAAGAUUUGCCUGGAAUGUGGACGAUAUUUUGACAGGACAAAGUGUGCUUGCAAAGUGCCACCGGAAGACAUGGAGACAGACAAAGGAAGUGUGCCUGAGAAACCGAAGCAAGCUGAACCAGAAACCCAUUAUGGAGACUGGAUGAUCGGCAAGAAAAGAAAUAGAACGAACCGAAAAGACAGCAACCCACAGUCGGGGAAGGGGCAGUCCAACUCAAUUGGGGGAGUUCCGGGAGCAUCGAAGGGGUCAAGGUUUAACGUGUUGCAAGUUGACGAUGAACUAGUGGAUGAUCUAAGCUCGAGCCAAGAAGUCCCUGGCUCAAGAUUUUAA